ACACACACACACACACACACACACGAAUACAAAGACACAAGCGAGUGUGAAAGCAGCGCUGGGGGAAGUAGAAUUUACAACAUGCAAGGCGACAUGAAGGACGAACGCUCUGCUCCGGGAAUCUCACAGCAGGUGCGUCAGGGCUGAAGCGGCACCUCACGGAGAGCAGGCUGCUGUUUCACCAUGUCCCUCUCAUCCGAUCAGCGCACUGACGAGACGGCUGUGUUGAUCUUGAAUCACACUGAAUGGAGAGCAUUGAAGUUCCUUUAAGAUGACACGGACGCAACCCCCUGAUAUACUGGCAUCGACUCUAUAUCGGGACAUUACUAUAAAUCCCAUCACUGACCACUCCAUUUCUCACCACUCCUCCCGGCAAUGUGACUUGAAAAUGAUUGACAAACAAGAAAUCAUCAACAAGAGACACUGCCGUAGCUUUGACUUCAUUGAAUCUUUGGAUGACCCGCAGUCCUUCUCUUCUUCAAUGGAGUACCCUUACAAGAGGGCUGAGCAUCAGACAUUAAACAAAGAGCUGAUGUGGGAUGGGCUAGAUCAACCAGGGCAUCUUCGCUUUUCAUCUCCUGAUUUGUUUAACACCAGGCAGUUUAAGCAGCAUGGUACCCAAGACAAAACCAGCCAUCUUACAUGGUCUGAUUCUAAAAAGAGAGCAAGAUCGAAAAGUGCUCCAAGAAUUAAGGCCACCCUCACUCCUGUGCCUAUUUCAGUGUCUCCUCCAGGAGCUAAGAAGGGGAGGGAUGCACCUCAGGCUGCAUCAGAUACCUUGAAGACGUCAGAAACACACAGAGAAUCCUACUCCUCAAACAGGCCUUUUUUGAAUGAGGUACAUCCUAUCAAACUACAGCCUCAUUCUCCCCUCUAUGUCUCAGAUUGUUUUGAGGAGGACAAGCCAGAUAAACCAGCCGUAUCCCCACAUGUAAGGUGCCGUGUGGACAUUAAACCAGAUGCUGCUGUACUGCAGCACGCAGCGAGACAGGUUCCCAAUGUACGGACUGAGCAUCUUUGGCAGAGAUAUUCACAGGCCAGUAGCAGUAGAGGUUUGUAUGUACCAAGGCAGAUUGUCUCCUCACCAACGCCCACUCCAAGCGAAUGCUACAGUGGGGAUUUUAGACAAGGAUACAACUAUACCACCAGCAUGUCACCCAUCUCUUACCAGCAUCUAGACAUGAAUAGAAUGUCUUCACCAACAGCACCAUUUCUGAGUCAAGAACAAAGAGCUUACUCAAAUCCUAACAUACCAACCAAAUUUUUUUAUACAGAGGAUGCAGUUCGUUAUCCAGUCCAUCCCUAUUCUAGGGCAUACUUUCAGGAUGAUCGGUCCAGUCUAACCAGCCACGGUAGUACAAUGACUAGUCAGUAUGAUCCAAGGACCCGAUGGGUGCACACCCUUCCUGUCAGGUCCUAUUACACUGACCACAGAGAGCCAGCACACUCUGUAUAUAGCAAGCCUUACGCCUCAAGUGAGGCAGGAUCAUACUUUUCUCACACUCCACUGUCGAGAUCUUACUAUGGAGAGGACAACCGGUUCAAUCCAUACCAUAUGAGUAGCUCAAGGUUGUUUUAUUCCAAACCAUUUGGCUCUCCAGAUGAGCAGUACUUUGCAUCAAGGCCUUAUCAUACAGAGGUUCGUCGACGCCCUCGAAUGUCCCAGGCCUUUUCAGAUGACUGGUAUCGCUCAAGUAUUUCUGGUUACUCUAACCAGUCAUCUCAGCACACACCACCAGGGGUAAGGCAAGACCCCAGUUUACCCCCAUGGUUUACUAGCAGCUGUGUGGAGACAAGUAGACUAGGAGCAGAGGCCAAAAACCACUCCAAGUCUUGGGACAAUAUUCUGUAUCCACGGCAUGACAGAGAGCAAUCAAUGCCUCGUGGGCGAAGCUAUGAGAAUCUGUUUUAUCAAGCAAGACAUGGAGCAUCCUCUGAUAUUACAUCUCAACCUGUUAUACUUAACCUCUCAAGUUCGCCAAGGCGCUACGCUGCCCUGUCACUUUCUGAAAACUCCUUGGAGAGGGGCUCCAGCAAUCCAUGGAGGAAUGCCAAAAGUGGGCACUGGUUUGUAACACCUGAGAUCACCAUAACAGACAAUGACAUAUGUACAGGCAACAACAAGCAGCGUGAUGCGCACUCUGUCAGCUGGGAUACAUUGGAUGUUGAAAAAACACAGCCUCCAAGAGUAUUGCUUCAGAAGCAGCCAUCCAACACAGCAGACAUUGCCAAAGACAGGAAACACAACAAUGUUUCCCUUCAGCAGAGUUUAGAGCAACUGGACGAACUCUUAGCUGAUUUGGUUGUUGAUUAUAAACCACCAACUACCCGAAAGUCAAGUGAAAACCUUAUAGACCAGCUAAAACAACUAAUUACUGAAGAUGAUGACAAAGACAGAGGAUCUUCUGGACUUGAAAACUUAGGAUGUCUGAAUGCACAGCUCCCAUCCUCUAAAUCCAGCCCUGACACAAUCAAAGACCCUGACAGUGGGUGUGAUGCUUUACAAAGAAGCGCAGAAGAAUGUUCUCCAGACCACAGCACAGAUGAAGAUGACACUAUGGUGUGUGCUAACAAGAAGUGCAACCGGAUUGAGAGCACGUUCAAUGCCUGCUUGUACUUCAAAUCAUGUCACAGUUGCUACACCUUUUACUGCUCACGAAACUGCCGCAGGGAUGACUGGGAAACUCAUAAAGUGACCUGUCUGUAUGGUCGUGUCAGCAGUGUAUGUCGACACACUCUUAGGUUUUGCAGAGAGAAUUCAGAGAUCCACAAAGCCUUCUCUCGCCUUGCUAAAGCUGGCUACCUCUCCAGAGGGAGAGGUGUUCUCUUUCUGGGUUUUGCUAAUCCAGAGACAGCUGACAACUUCCUGCAAGUUGGGCUUGAGAGCCUCCUCAUGUCGCCCACAUACUUAUCUCUCAGAGAGCUUGAUAGCUUCAAGGACAACCUAGGUGAAUACUGCAAGGAACUGCAGCAGGCAGGUAAUGAGUAUGACCCCAGUGAAUGUUUCCUUCUGAAUGUAUCCAUAGCUGUUGGCGAACUAGUGCCUAACAGACCUUCACCAAGGGUUCAAGCACCAACUGUUCGAAAAUAUGCAAAGGUGUCCUUGGCUUCCUCAAGCCCUGACAAAAAGGUACUAAAGAAGGAUAGUGAAAUGGAGACUCUCAUUCUCACUCCACCUCCAGGCACACCGGACAUUGACAAAGAGGGGGAGGAGGGAAGAAAAGCCAGAGAGGUGUGCUUUGUUAAUAUUCAGCGUGAGCUCAGAACCAGGGGAGUCUUCCUUCGUCAUGAGUACCCCAAAAUCUAUAAUCAGCUAUGUGAGUUUGUGGAGAGUAACAAAAGGUUCACCCCUACUACAAUUUACCCAAUAGAUAAGAGAACAGGGAAACAAUUUAUGUGCAUGAUUAUGGCUGCGUCCGAGCCAAGAACACUGGACUGGGUGGGUACCCCACAUCUCUUGGAUGAUAUUAUAUAGUACAGCACUAAAUAGUAAUGAUAAUGAUGUCAAUACACUAAAUGUACAUACUGUAAAUAUAAAAUGUGAUUCAGUAAAUUCAACAUUGAUAUGGAGAUAUAUGUAUAUAUGUGACAAAUCCCUCUUCCUGUCUGUCUCUUGCUCUUAUUUCUCUCACACGCGCGCACACACAUGAACAAACACUCACACACAUAGAGGCACACAUGCCGUAUAUCCAAACACUUUCAAAGGUUACCCUAUGUCGUUUCUGGCUUGUUUUGGUCCUGUUGCACUCAGAAGAGUUAAUUGCUUGCAUGCAGACUAGGCACAAACCCAGUUAUCCAGGUGUUUAAGAUGUGAACAUGUAUGAUCUGUGCAGUUCCUGCAGACAAUGUAUGAAGCACACAAUAAUGAUAUACUGUAUGUUUAAGUGCACAUCUCACUGCCUCCAGAUUAUAGUAGGCACAGCCAGGUCUCACAUUGUAACAGUCACCCACUGUUAAUUUCUCCAACAAGAGUUAUAUCAGAAAUUUAUAUUAUAGCUUGUUACAGUGGUUGUAAUAUUACAACAGUUUAGUAGAACUUAUGUAUUGUUUCCUAAGUAUACUGUAAUUGUGUGGGUAUUGUUUUUCAUUAUUGCGAAAUUAGUUAUUGUUUGAUAGAUGAAGAAAUACAAUCAGGUCACCUGUUUGUUUUCCCACUUCAUUAGGAAUUUUAGUUGGAACUUAUUUCAUGUCAUGAUAAGACUUGAUGUCAUUCUUGUAUAAAUUGCUUUGUUUGAAAGUGGCCUUCAGUUGAUGAAAAAAAAGUAUUUAACACAAAGCAAUGUAUAGAUUUAGCUAUUUCCUAAAGGCUUGACAGCUCUUGACUUGGGUUGUUUAAACUACCAUUGUAAAUGAACAAUUAUUUUGCUCAAAGCAUGUUAUUUAUAUUCAAGUAUUUUAAUACUGAUAUUGCUUAUAAUUAGAUUUAUUAUGUUGAUGAGAUACCAUUUGAUGCUUAGAAAUGUGAGAGGUAUUAUAUACAGAUAUAUUGAAUAUUAGAUCAUUUGAACAUCAAGACCUUAAGACCUUACUGUAACUAAUACCACAAUAUGUUUAAACAAUAUGCAAUAAAAGAGCAACCUUAACAUCUAUAUUGUAAAAUUAUAUUUUAUUUUAUUAUUAAUAUUGAAUAAUUCCUGGAAGCCAAGAGAAGCAAAGAUCAUGUUUGCACUAAAAAAUAAAUUAUACAAUAAAUAUGUGAUUGUUCCUAACAGAGCUGCAGCACUGAACACAGAUACAGGCAAUGGAAAGUUUUCAGACCCUUUCAAAUUUCCGUUUUGUUAUGUUUCAGACUCACUGUAAAAUGGAUUCACUUCAUUUUUUUCUCAUAAAUCUACAUACAAUACUCCACAAGUGAAAACGGGUUUUUUGUGUUUUGUAGAUUUAUUAAAAGUAAAAGACUGAAAUAUCCAAUUUGCAUAAGUAUUCAGACCCUUCACCCCAUAUUUGGUUAAAGAACCUUUGGCAGCAAUGACAGCAUCCAGUCUUCUUGAGAAUGAAACUGCAAGCUUGGCACCUUGAUUUUGGAAUUUUCUUCUAUUUUUGGCAGAAUCAUUCAAGCUCAACCAGGUUGGAUGGGGAGCGUUGGUGCACAGCCAUUUUCAGGUCUGUCCAGAGAUGUGCCAUUGGGUUCAGGUCCGGACUCUGGCUGGGCCACUCCAGGACUUUUACAGACUUUCCUGUGUUUUCUUGGCGGUAUGCUUUGGGUUGUUGUCUUGUUAAAAGUGUAAAUCUUCGGCCCAGCCUGAGAUCCUGAGCUCUCUGGAGAAGGUGUUCAUUCAGAGUUGUUCCAUAUUUUUCUGCAUCUCUCCUUCCCUCUAUCCUGACUAGUUUCCCAGUCCCAUGUGCAAAAAAACAUCCCCACACCAUGAUGCUGCCGCCACUGUGUUUGACUGUAGAGAUGGUAUUAAUAAGGUGGUUUCAAUACCUGGUUUUUGCCACACAUGCCGUUGGGAAUUGUGGCCAAAUAGUUCAUCAGAUCAGAGGAUUUUGCUUCUCAUGGUCUGAGAGUUCUUCAGGUGCCCUUUGGCAAACUCCCAGUGGGCUGUCAUGUGCCGUUUAGUUAGGAACGGCAUCCGUCUGGCUGCUCUACCAUUGAGACCUGAUUGGUGGAGUGCUGCGCUGAUGGUUGUCCUUCUGUAAGGUUCUCCCACCUCCAGAAUGGAACUCUGGAUCGCAUUUAUAGUGACCACUGGGUUCUUGGUCACCAGUCUGACCAAGACCCUUCUUCCUUAGUUACUCAGUCUUGCUGGACGACCAUAUCUGUGAAGAUUGUUGAUUGUUUCAAAUCUCUUCCAUUUGAGAAUGAUGGAAGCUACCAUGCUCUUGGGCACUUUUAAUGCUGCAGAAAUGUUCUUGUAUCCUUCCCCAGAUCUGUGUCUUGACACAGUCCUGUCUUGCAGGUCUGUGGACAGUUCUCUCAUGGUUUUGUUUUCACUCUGACAUACAUCAUCAUCAUAUGAGACCUUAUAUAGACAGUUGUCUGCCUUUCCUAAUUAUAAACAGUGCAUUAAAUUAAGCACAGGUGGACCCUAAUCAAGCUGUAGAAGCAUCUCAAUGAUCAAUAAAAGAAGCAGGAUGCACCAGAGCUCAAUUGCAGGUGUCAUAACAAAAGGCCUGAAUAAUUAUGUAAAUGGGAUAUUUCAGUCUUUUAUUUACAAAAAAUGUGCAAAACACUCUAAAAACCUGUUCCCACUUUAUCAUUGUGAUGUACUAGGUGUAGAUUGAUAAGGAAAAAAUUCAAUUGAAUCCAUUUUAAGAUGAGUCUGAAACAUAACCAAAUGUGGAAAACUUGAAAGGGUCUGAAUACUUUCUGUACUGACUGUAUGAUGAUAUGCUUGCUUCCAUUGCCACUGUUGACUAAUCGAAGGUUGCUCUUUUACAUGAUUAUAUAGCUAUCUUUGUGUAAGACCUUCCUUAACAUUCUAUUUUGUGAUGUUUAUAACCUAAAUAUAAAUAUAUAAUAAAUGGAAUUUAACGAGUGACCUUAUGGCUUUGCAUUUCUAUUCCAGCGUACAUAGGAUUGACUGAAUAUAAUGUAGUCCAGUACAACACCACCUUUAACUAUAACCUCAAU